AUGUCUAACUUCGCAUCAUCCAGUACCCACGUGGACUAUCAGGUCCACAUCUAUCAUAACCAAUUUCGAGUCAAUUUCAAACCCCCAGUUCCUCGCGAGCCAAUGCCAGCCGUGUUUGGCUUUGACCAACUUCAGCAAACCUAUACUGAAUUAGAAACGAAUCUCGCCAAUGCAUUAACAACCAUCCCCCAAAAGGUCAAAAAUAUAUCCAAUGACCAGAAUACCCAAAUCAGGGACCUAAAUUCCGAAAUCCAAUCAUUGAGUCACGAUCUUCUAGCUAUCCAAUUGCAAUAUCCUGAGGAAUCAUCAAAUUUGGAUACAAGAAGGAUCAAUGGAGAAGCAAUUGUAGCUCCACAAGUAUUUGAACAAGCUGGAGAAUCUGAAGGAAUUAUUCAUCAUCACUCUUGUUACUCAUUCGACCUUCUAUUUUUCCACAUAUACGUCAAUUUCUAA